GUGCAGAUCCGGGUGAACAGCAGCCGCAUGAUCCGAGUCACCCAAGUGGACAGCGAGGAGGAAAUGGGCGACUCCGGCGUCUGGAGUUUCCUUUCCUCGCUCCUGAAGGAGAAGCUGAACGACACCAGCAUCGACGUGGAUCUCUACAGCAACAAAACCUGCCUCAAAGUGGAGCUGCUGGAGGACGGCACCACGUACUGCGUCGUCCUCUUCCGACGCUUUGACCCAAAGCUCUUCCUCGUGUUCUUCCUGGGCCUCUUGUUGUUCUUCUGUGGGGACAUGCUGAGCAGGAGCCAACUCUUCUUCUACUCGGCCGGGAUCAGCUUUGGCUUGCUGGCCUCGCUGCUCGUCCUCAUCUACAUGGUGUCCAGGGUCCUGCCCAAGAAAAACCAUGUUUACUUCCUGCUGGUAGGAGGCUGGUCCUUUUCCCUGUACCUGCUUCAGCUGGUCUUCAAGAACCUGCGGGAGAUCUGCAAGACCCACUGGCAAUACCUCCUGGGUUACCUGCUGCUCAUGGGCUUCGUGAGCUUCGGCAUCUGCUACCGCUACGGCCCGUUGGAGAAUGAGCGCAGCAUCAACCUCCUCUCCUGGGCUCUGCAGCUCCUGGGCCUCUUACUGAUGUACUCGGGCAUCCAGAUCCACCCCAUCGCCUUGGCCCUGGUGGUCAUCGCCAUCUGCACCAAGAACCUGGACUACCCGCUGCGCUGGGCCUUCGCUGCCUAUAGGAGGGUGCAGGGUGCCUGGCUCGGGCCGAGCCCCCCACGCCUGCUCACAGAGGAGGAGUUCCGGGUCCAGGGCGAGGUGGAGACCCGCAAAGCCCUUGAGGAGCUUCGGCGCUACUGCAGGAGCCCGGACUUCUCUGCCUGGACUGCGGUGUCCCGCAUUCAGGCUCCCAAGAGGUAGCGUGCCCUGGCGCAGGGGUCCUGUCACGUCACCCACAACGAGGUCUCUGUCCACGAGCGGGAGUACGGCCUCGGCGGCGGCUUCCUUGAGGACCAGCUCUUUGAGGAGAUUGAGGAGGAGGAGGAGGAUGAGGACUCCCUUGACAGGAAUCACACGUAUAACUCCCUGCCCCACAACCACCUGGACGCCGAUUGA